AGACACAGUGAUGCUCGACCUCCUGGCGCCAGCAGCUCUCGCAUUUUCCGACAGAAGGUGACUCGAUUAGCCGAUCCAGGUCGUCGCCUGGAGCCAACAGGAGAGCGGCGCUGCAUCCCACAGAUAUCAGCUCGACUUGUAAAAAUGCAUGGCCAGUAAUAAAGCCGCGGUCAUGUCUCAUCGGAAGCGGCCCGGGUCCAGCGGAGGGACCAGUGUGACGGCCCCUCCUCCUGCUCCUGCACCUGUGUCCUGCCCCGAAGCUCACCCCCCAGAGGCCCUCGAUCUGAGAGCACCCGCCCCACGCCAACGCUCCGUCCGUUACCCCAAAGAUCCUCACCACCACCACCACCACCCGCCCCACCCACGGGACCCCAAACCCCUCCCUCGCUCCUGUAAGGCACAAUACACUCCCCCCAAAGCGCAAGAAGUAAUUCACCCGUCUCCUCCUCCCGACGAAGUGGAGAUAGAGCCCAGCGUCGAGGAGAGUAGAUACAGUAAUCCAGUAGAACCUGAAGAGGAGCAUAGACCGAUUACUCCGCCCACCCCAGAGCCUGAGCCGGAGGAGCACCGCCACAUAGACCACCACCCCGACUAUAACCACGGAGCGGACAGUCUGGACGACGACUCCAGCUCUGAGUACAUGAACAACACUUCAGAGGAUGAGGAUUAUGACGAUGGCCUGGCGGAGGAGGAUGAGGGCGUGACCUACUACAUCCGCUACUGCCCCGAGGACGACAGCUACCUCGAGGGAAUGGACUGCAACGGUCAGGGCGAAUGCAACCACUCACAACCGCACAGCCACAACCACAACAACCACAACCACGAGCAAGAGGACUACAGCUCCGACGUCCAACCGCCCCACCCUGACGAAUGCCAGGAGGCCGCGGAGGCGUGGGCGGAGGACGGGGAGGGGCAGGAGGGCGAGGCGAGAGGAGAGGAGGAGUGGGUGGAGGAAGAUGAUGCAGAAGUUAGGGAAGAAUGGCGAGAAGAAGAGGCAGAAGUGCAAGAAGAGUGGCACGACGGGGAUCCGGAGCAGGACCAAUGGGAGCAGGGCGAUAUCGAAGUGCAAGAGGAGUGGAGGGAGGGCGGGCAGGUGCGGCAGGAGCACUGGGAGAGGCACAGAGUACAAGAGGACUGGGGCGACGGGGACGGAGAAGUGCGCUGUGAAGUGGUGGAGCAAGAUCCAGAUGAACAGAUUUACAACGGACGUCCCGAACCCAUUCUGGACCACAACACCCACCAUCACCACAUGCACCAUCACCAAGAGGGUCUCCAUUCAGGGAGGAGGGCAGAUGGGGCAGAGGAAGAUGAGCCAGAAAGCGAGGAGUACUGCCCCAAUGAGGAAGAGGACGAGGAAGAAGACGAAGGACAUAGACGCUCAUACACUGGCGAUUACUAUGCGCCUGAGGACAAUGGGAACUCGGUGCGGGGGUCUCCGUAUCGCGGCCGCAAGGUGUUGGUGGUAGAGGGCGAGACGGGGGAAGAGGCGGAGGAGGACAUUGACCAAAUCGUGGCGGAGAUUAAAAUGAGCAUGAGCAUGGGCAGUUUGAGCAGCAGCACUGACCAUAGCCCUGAAGAACUGGCACAAGACCCUCCACCUGGCAGCUACGCUCACACUAAGCCAGAGCCCGCCCCCUACCCCCCGCCCCACCACAGACACGACAGCCGGCCCAAGUCCCUCAACCUGCCGUCCAUACACCACAAUACUCCGGAUCUACAGAGGGGCGUCAAGGCACAUCCGCGCUCACCCGAGGACCGGCAGAGGUGGGCACAAGAGCAGGUUACUAAUGGAGCUGAGCCCAGAAAGCAGCAGCGCUCCGACCUCAAUGUUCCUCUGGAGAACAACAACGUGCCGGAGCCAACCAAGAAAGUCGCCUCCUUCCCCAGCUUUGUCGAUGCCAUAGUCCCAAGACCGCGUGAGCCAGAAGACCUGAUUCAUGGCAUUAUCUUUGCUACUAAAUACAAUGUCCCGGGCCCGUGCGAGCCAGAAGACCUGAUUGAUGGCAUUAUCUUUGCUGCUAACUACCUUGGCUCCACUCAGCUGCUGUCUGAGAGAAACCCCUCCAAGAACAUCCGAAUGAUGCAGGCCCAGGAAGCGGUCAGCAGGGUCAAGAGGGUUCAGAAGGCUGCUAAAAUCAAGAAAAAGGCGAAUGCCGACGGAGACACGCAGACCCUGACGGAGGUGGACCUGUUCAUUUCCACGCAGAGGAUCAAAGUCCUGAACGCAGACACACAGGAAACGAUGAUGGACAACGCUCUGCGGACGAUCUCCUACAUCGCCGACAUCGGGAACAUCGUGGUCUUGAUGGCCCGGAGGAGGAUGCCCCGGACGGCGUCGCAGGACUGUAUCGAGACCACACCAGGGGCUCCCGAGGCAAAGAAGCAGUACAAGAUGAUCUGCCAUGUUUUUGAGUCUGAGGAUGCCCAGCUCAUAGCGCAGUCCAUCGGGCAGGCCUUCAGCGUCGCUUACCAGGAGUUCCUGCGAGCCAACGGCAUCAACCCGGAGGACCUGAGCCAAAAGGAGUACAGUGACAUCAUCAACAACCAAGAGAUGUACAACGAUGACCUCAUACACUUUUCCAACUCGGAAAACUGCAAAGAGCUGACGUUGGAGAAGACAAAAGGUGAGAUCCUGGGAGUUGUGAUCGUGGAGUCGGGCUGGGGCUCCAUUUUACCCACUGUGAUCUUGGCCAACAUGAUGAACGGAGGACCAGCCGCUCGCUCUGGAAAACUCAAGAUCGGCGAUCAGAUCAUGUCCAUCAAUAACACCAGCCUCGUGGGCCUGCCCCUCGCCACCUGUCAGGGAAUUAUUAAGGGCUUGAAGAACCAGGUCCAGGUGAAGAUGAAUAUUGUGAGCUGCCCUCCUGUUACUACUGUCCUCAUUAAAAGACCAGACCUGAAAUAUCAGCUGGGAUUUAGUGUCCAAAAUGGAAUUAUCUGCAGUUUGAUGCGAGGAGGCAUCGCUGAACGAGGCGGAGUCCGUGUGGGCCACCGCAUCAUCGAGAUCAACGGACAGAGUGUGGUGGCCACGGCUCAUGAGAAGAUCGUCCAGGCUCUGUCCAACUCUGUGGGAGAGAUCCACAUGAAGACAAUGCCAGCCGCCAUGUUCAGACUCCUCACGGGGCAGGAGACACCGAUGUACAUAUGAAGAAUGUCCAUGAAAAACUCCACCGAACAGUCACCUCUGAAGCGUUAGGGCAAAACUCCACCACGUGAGACUAUAGAGGACCCGCUGCCCGUCUUCUCACCUGUCAUUUAAGUUUUACAUAAUCACUUUUUAUUUAUGCUUAACACGCAGUGACCAUAGCAAAACCAUAAAGCGCUUUCACCAUCGGACCAGCCACACAAACUGUACUGUUGUGAGAGUGUUGUCUGUGCUUUACUGUCACUGCUGUGCGGGUGUGUGUAUGAACUAGUGAAUGCCAACAAUUUGUUUUUUAUAUUCAUUUAAUACAAUAUAAAGCAUCUAUACAUACUUCUGUAUAGCCCCAUGUCCCUUAAGUUUAUUUAUUUGUCAUGUAAAUACAUACUUUUUUGCUAAUAUUGCAAUCGAAGGCAAAGGGGAGGGAGGGUCCACAGCCAAAUUGUAAAUAUAUAUUGUAUGUAACUUGCUGUUUGAUGAUCUAUGAUGAUAAAAACCAGCCUGAAUUAUCAAUGUCUGAAAAGGGGAAUGACUUGUAGGAUGAAAUAGCUGGUUUAAAAUUAUUUGUGAUCAUGUGAAUUAAAUUAUUUCAUCAGGGGUUAAAGGGAGAAAUGCCAUAUAUUUUUUCCUUCAUUUUAUGGCAAUACACAACUUCUAAGGCGAGGGAUGUUUUUUCUACACUUAACAUGCAACGCACACAUUCUAAUAAGGAGUAACUCAGUCAAACUAUUAAAAAGCAUUAAUUCUGCUUUGAAUAUACAAGCUUUGGACACAGAUGUUUUCUUUGUGUGCUGUUGUUUCAUAAUGUGUGACUGAAACUCAUAUGCACUGGAUAUGGGUUGAUUGUGAAUGUAACCGUGUAGUGUGAGCUGUCUCAUCGCCAUACGCAGUAUUAGAAUGUCUGUACAGAAAAAAUAAACUUGUCUAAGUAUUGUGCUCAUGUAAAAAAAGCAAAACGCACAGGUUUAGUCGCUGCUUCCAUCUCCACGCUUGUCUGUUGGCUAUGUCUCGAGAGGGAACUGUGAGUGGCUCACUGUGACAGACAAAGCCUUUCACAAAGCUGCGGUUUUACUCUGCGCCGCAGUAAAUCUGACCCAUAUGAACAUUAUGUGUGUGCAUGCCUCGUAAAGUAGAAUCAUGUCAAUGUGACAAGAUCAAUAAAAUCAGAGCU